UGCACAAAAGAGAACAACAAAGUCAACCCGACAAACCAAUCCAUAUCAUCAGAAGCUUGGAAACAAGAAAGACAAAGAAAAAGGACACGAAAAAGAAUCGGCAGAGAAAAAUGAGAACUGUCAGGGAAAGAAAGGCAGAAAAGAAAGACGUUCGAAUAGAAGGCAAAAAGGCAAAUUCAGAAGUCAAGGAAAGCAAGGCAGAAAAGAAAGACAUUCGAAUAGAAGGAAAAAAGACGAAUUCAAAACAUUGGAAAACAAUUACAUGUGUGCCCAUCACAGUCGAAUACGAAGGCGAAGUAGAGGAGAUUCCUGAUGAAAUAGAAUGCGACAGGCUCAAUGACGACGAAUGGGGAAACAGCGAUACAGUUCGAUUUGCUGAAGACUAUUCAGAAGUCUUCGAUGCAAUGAGAGUCGUUAGUAACAAAAAUCGUAUUACGUUCAAAGGACGGAUCCGGAAACAAUCAGGCAAUGAUGUUCUUGAGAUCAACUUAAAACAAGAAAUCGAAGUUAGCAAACAUACGAACAAAUACGCAGGCAAUCGCAAGCUGCGCGAGGGAAGUCACACCGUAUUGGUGAUCCGUGUAACCGAUAAGGAUAACCAUGCCCCAAUGGAAUCACAGCAACAGCUAUCCGAAUCCAUCUUUGGUGGAUCUCUCGACAAAGUUGGACUCGCGACACAAAUGGAGGCAUGCAGUGGAGGAAAUUUGAUGUAUAAGCCGGUAGAUGAUAAUCCGGACACUAACACAAAGGGAGGGGUUGUGGAACUCCGUAUUCCCUACAGUGUUCUUGAUUAUGGUCCAUACACGCCAAACGAUCUAGAGGAUUGGGAUCGAAGAAAGUUGGAAAGGGACGUCAUGACAGAAUUAGUGAAACAGUUUCCCAUUUAUAGGAGUUGGAAGCAGUGUGAGUAUUCUCCAUAACAUUUUCCAUCAGAGAAUGGCAUCAAGAUCAAUUCGUUUCAACUUACCUCCUUUUUUUCUCAUGCAUUCAUUCCCUUCUUUACAUUCUCGAAACGAAUUCUUUAGAUGCACAUAUAAUGAUUGUUUUACCAAAAGAAACUGAUUUUAGACAAGUAGGCAGUCAUGGAACACCUCCUAUUGCGUACGCAUACGUCGGCGGGAGACGGUAAGUGGAUGUUCAAUGUUGACCGCACAAGUUCAAGAGAUUCAAUGAAAACCACUAGAAUCUUUUUAAAGUUGAUCAUGAAGAGGGGUCGUCAUUCGCAACGUCGAUUCGCUAACGUUGGCCGAAAUCUGCUUUUCUUUUCCGAAUCUCUCCCACCCCUCAUGAAACAUCUUAGAUCUGUCUACAAAGAUCCAUACGGGUCGCACGUCUGGGUUCAAAUCCAUGAAGUAGGCCAUAACAACGGCUUAGGUAUGUUUUGUAGCGAUUUACAAACUUGUUCUAUUUGAGAUAUUGUGGUGACGGUGCAUGUCAUAAUUCGCUAACAAAUAUUCUGUCCGCAUGAAAAACAUACAAAAGGCCAUUCUGGGUUGAAAAGGGGACAUACUACCAAUUCAUAUGGAGACAAGUAAGUGAAGUCUCGUAUCCCCUUUCAUGGUACAGACGAAGAACAACCAAUAGGCACCAUGAGUUUAUUUUCUCACAACUUCUUUCCAUCGUUGCCGUUUCCAUUAGAACCUGCAUGAUGGGUACAUU